GUCAUUGUCAUUAUUAUUAUUCUUAUAAUGGAACGAACGGCCUCACGUCGCUUUUCGGAAGAGACUUCUUUGCCAGUCGUACGCUCGAAAUAGGCUAUUGUAGUGGUGGGAGGGGGGGGCUCGUAACCUCGUACGGGGCCAGUCGUCGAUAAUCCGUCCGCCCGGAGGAUCCAGGUGCGAGGGAGCAGCCGUUUUAUCUCAGUUGGCCGCGUCCGAAGCCCCAGAUCACCCGCGGCACGGACCUCGACGCCCGCUAACCAGAGCCAGCGGUCGAAGCUCCUUCCGCGGACUUUGCAUGCUAAAGAGUAGGCGUCGCGAGAAUAACAGCCGGGACUGCGGACGUAACGAAGCCUUAGGUCGCGACCUCGAGCGGAUAAUAAAGGAGAGCGGCGUUGAGAGCUGCUCGGCCCGAAGGUCCCGACGAGCCGCGAGUUUGGUGAAACGAGUGCGAGACCACGCCCAAAGGCAAGCGGGUAUUAUCGUGGUUAUGGACAUGGUGAUCUCGAAUUUGCAGCAGCAGCGUCAGCUGACGGAGCAGUUGCGCAGGGAGGCGGCCGUGAAGCGAGUGAGCGUCAGCAAGGCCGUCGAGGAUCUUAUGAAGUAUAUCGUCGAACACGAGCAGGAGGAUUGCCUCCUCGUCGGCUUCUCCUCGCAGAAGUCAAAUCCCUUUCGCGAGAAGAGCUCUUGUUCCAUCCUUUAACCGUGCGCCGCCAAUUAUUUAUUAUUGAAGGAGUUUGUUGAGUAGCAUGUAAAUCGUACAUUGUAUUUAAUGCUUGGAAUGCCUACUGGAACGUCGAUUUUACUGUAUUUGUAUACAGACAUUAACGCUGGCACAAAAUUGAAUGGAAUAUUUACAGAAAUUGAAGAUUAUAUUAAAUAAUUAUGGAACUAUUUUAUAAACAAAAAUAUAU